AUGCAUGUCUUAAAUCAAUACGGUAUGGCUGGUGACGUCAAUGGGCUCCGCCGACUUAGCUCCCAACACAGCCAUCGGGACCAGAACUCUGCAACCAAUGGACUACGUAUCUCUUUAUCUGACAAUGAAGAACUCGAGGCGUCAUGUACUCUCUUGCUGCAACUCGUUUCCCUAGGUGCAAAGUCAGAGAAAAUUUGGGGUAACCUCCUCUUUGCAGUUGUUCUUUCACGUCAUGACCUGUGUCAACGAAGACUUGGGAUUUUGGCAAGAGAUUUAUCGCUGAUAGGGGCAUUUGAUGACACACUGGACUCGUCCCUGACCGUGAUCCUUCCUACCCUCUUCCAGGUUCCUGAAUGGCAUCAUGUGUUUGAAUUUAGCCCAUUGAGCGCUGCGACCCUCCGCCGCGAUCCAGGAGAAGUUCUUCAACUUGUUCUAAGCCAACCACGAUCAUUGCGUGGGUUGAACGAAUUGGGUCAAUCACUCUUGCGUAUCUCUCUGCUCGGUGGCUGCGCCGCCGACUAA